GAAGCGCUGAAGGCCACGGGUGCGAGCGACGUCUCCGCGGCGGUGGAAGCGGUCUCGGCCGGUCUCUUCAAGAUCAAGGCGCUGAAGGGACGCGAGAUCCUGGACUCCCGUGGCAACCCUACCGUGGAGGUCGACCUCACCACCGAGGGAGGAGUCACCGUUACCGCGGCGGUGCCCAGCGGCGCUUCUACGGGCGUUCACGAGGCCUGUGAGCUUCGGGACGGAGACAAAGCACGCUACCUGGGGAAAGGCGUCUUGAAGGCCGUGGAGUCUGUGAACACGGUUCUUACCUCGGAGCUCAAGGGCUUUGACGUGUCAAAGCAGAAGGAGCUGGAUGAGAAGAUGAUUGCGCUCGAUGGCACCCCCAACAAGAGCAAGCUCGGCGCUAACGCCAUCCUCGGGGUGUCCAUGGCAGCAGCCAAGGCUGCAGCUGUGGCCAAGGGUAUCCCACUGUACCAGCACUUCGCAGAGCUGGCAGGAAACGGCUCCAAGCUGACCCUCCCGGUGCCGUGCUUCAACGUGAUCAACGGCGGAUCCCACGCCGGAAACAAGUUGGCCUUCCAGGAGUACUUCAUCAUCCCAGUGGGAGCCUCGUCCUUCAAGGAUGCCAUGCGGAUCGGUGCCGAGUGCUACCACACCCUGAAGGGCAUCAUCAAGAAGAAGUUCGGCGGUGACGCUACCCUCAUCGGAGAUGAGGGUGGUUUCGCCCCGCCCUGCGAUGCCAAGCAGGGGGUGGAGCUGAUUAUGGAGGCCAUUGAGAAGGCAGGGUACAAGGACAAGUGCAAGAUUGGAAUGGACGUGGCAGCCUCUGAGUUCAAGGUGGAGGGCGCUGACUGCUACGACCUUGGAACUUGGUAUGCGGAGGCCGAGAAGACCCCGGAUCUGAAGAUGACGGGCGUCCAGCUUGCCGACUUCUACGCGGACCUCUGCAAGAACUACCCGCUGAUCACCAUCGAGGACCCCUUCGACCAAGACGACUGGGCCGCCUGGUCCGCCUUCACUGAGAAAGUGGGUGGACCCACGCAGGUUGUCGGAGAUGACCUGACCGUCACGAACGUCUCCCGUGUGAAGAAGGCAAUCGACGACAAGGCCUGCAAUGCCUUGCUGCUGAAGGUGAACCAGAUUGGAACCGUGUCCGAGUCCAUUGACGCCGUCAAACUUUGCAAGGUGAACGGAUGGGGUGUGAUGUGCUCCCACCGCUCCGGAGAGACGGAGGACACCACGAUCGCGGAUUUGGCUGUGGGUCUGUGCACUGGCCAGAUCAAGACCGGUGCCCCAUGCCGCUCCGACCGCAAUGCCAAGUACAAUCAGCUGAUGCGCAUCGAGGAGGAGCUGGGCGACAAGUGCGCCUACGCCGGCGAGAGCUGGCGCAAGCCCGUGUGGAUGGCUGCCUGA